GAGCUGAACAUCGGUCAGUAAAAUUGAAACACAGCCUACACGAUACCCAGCAAAUUGGAGGCGUAAGACUGACACGAGAUAUUAUGAUUCGAUAGAGUCGUAAUAUCAAUAAACUCUGGUUCUAGGACUUAUGUACCCCUAUCUAACCCGCCCUGUAACCACACUCAAACCUUCACAUAGUACCGACGAAGGAAGAAAAUGCGCCUCUUAGAAGCUCGUACCGCUAAAGAGAGCGGGAUUCUAAAGCUCGUAGAAAAGAGAGCGAAUGAGUUAUUCAGAUACGCCAUACUAUCGCAUACCUGGGAAGACGAUGAAAUAACUUUCAACGAUAUUGAAAACGAUAAGACGACUUAUGCCUCAGCCAAGACGGCUGCAGCCCACGCAUCGCUAUCCAAAAUUCUAGGCGCGUGUAGCCAAGCUGCUGCUGAUGGCUACGAAUAUAUCUGGAUUGAUUCGUGCUGCAUCGAUAAACGCAGUAGUUCUGAGUUGUCCGAGGCCAUCAAUUCCAUGUUCGCGUGGUAUCACGAUGCUGAUAUCUGCUACGCUUUCCUGCUCAAAGCACCGAAUGAACUCGCCACAAUAGAGGCCAAAGCCGAAUUUGCCACGAACAAGUGGUUCACUCGUGGCUGGACGCUGCAAGAACUUCUCGCACCCAAGGAUGUGAUAUUCUUCUCCGGCGAUUGGGUUCCGAUUGGCGAGAAGAAGUUUCUAUGCUUGCUGCUUGCAGAAAUUACAGGAGUCGAUUUCAAGAUAUUGCUUGGUGACGAACCUCUGGACUCAGCAAGCAUUGCGAGACGUAUGUCGUGGGCUGCGCAAAGGGUAACCACACGACCGGAGGAUAAAGCCUAUUGUCUGAUGGGUAUCUUCUCUGUUAACAUGCCCAUGCUAUACGGCGAAGGCGGCGAGAAGGCAUUUCUACGGCUUCAAGAGGAAAUCAUGAAGCAGUCAGACGACGAGUCGUUAUUCGCGUGGGUCAACCCUCACGCGCUACCAGAUGCGAGGGAGGGCCUCCUAGCAGCAGAUCCAUCAUACUUUUUGAACUCAAGUAGUAUAAUUCCGUACCAGGACUGGGAACCUCGUGAACCCUUCGCCUUAACUAACCGCGGCCUUAAAAUCGGUCUUCAUCUUACGGCACUCGACGGCGAUGAAUAUGUAGCAGUCCUCGACUGUCCUGUGCCGCCUGACUAUAAGGACCCGACUUUCUUGGCGAUAUAUCUACAAAAGCUGUCAGAGCACAACGACCAGUACGCACGUAUUCGGGCAGGACAGCUCGCUAGCGUCCGUACACGUGGAUACCUCCGAACUGUCUACGUCCCUCAGAAACCUAAGCCACCAUCAUUAGAGGGCGCCUUUCUUCAUCACUUCGUCCAGUUAAGGGACGGCCCCCCUCCAUCGAUCUACCAGCUCGUACGCAUCCUAAGUCCAGGUUUAAGAAUCGACAUCCCCCAGCCGAUUAUAUCAAAGACUUCAGCCAGAAAAUGGGUCUCGAACAAGUGGGCCAUCAACUAUACUCUAUACCGGAAGCCAGAACAGCUUUCCGCGGCUCUGAUAUUCAAACGCACAGACGGCGCGAAGGUGACUGUAUUGAUUGGCACGCUCAACGGGUUCAAUAUUGCCUAUAGCGCGUGUGAACUUGGCGCCUGGCUUGACUUGGAUCGCGUGCAGUUCAAAGAAAUGGAGGCUCUCUUCAAGCCUACCACAGUAGGGAGAUUUGAGCUGUCUUCCCAUAGCGUCCGAGUGUCCGCCACUCCCGUGCUGAAAUCGUCAGACAAAUACUAUAUGGUUGAUAUCGGAAUCGAAGCUAUAGAUUCUACAUGGACAGAUAUAAUGAGAGAAGUAUUUGAUACUGCUGCUGGUUUAGGGCACGCUAAUAAUGCAAAUACGCCGGCGCCUAGAAAGGAGGUCGCGGAUAAACCAGACGAAAAUGAUAAACAACAGUCGUUUUGGAGGCAUUUCAAACGUUUAAAGUAA